AUGAAACUAAAAUCGUUCUACAUCGCUAUAUCUAGUUUAGUUCUUCUUAUUUCUUUAGCGUGCAUUGUUAUAGAGUAUUUAAAACUAAGGAAAACGCGACGUUUUAAUUGGGAGGCGAAGAGGAGUACAUGGGAAAGUGAUUUAAUUUCAUCUCGACUUGUUGAAGAUGAUGCAGAUCGCAUCCAAGAUUUGGACUUCAGGAAAACAGUGAAUGUGAUUGAUAUGAAAGUCAAACAAAUUCAGAUUUUUGGACGCAUUAAAGCCGAUGACGAUCUUAAACUGCAAAGAGAUGUGAUAGAGAUUCAAGACAAAAGAGAAGAAAUGACAAUCAGUAACGAUCUUGGUAAAAAUGAUGAUAGUACGAAUGAAGGAACAUUUGCAGAGUCAACUACCACGAAAGAUAAUCAGAAUUACAUCAGAGGAGAGACRAAAAAGGACUAUAUUYCCUWWAAACGACGAUUAGGAAUAUUCAACAUUUCUCGAAACAUCACGGGAAAACGAGCUCAACCGGGWCAACACCUUAUUAAGAAAACCAAGAUACACUUAGGAGCAGGCUUCCUUAAUCUUUACAUCUGGGACAAGAUCUGUAAUUACAACUUGGAAAGUCUCAAGGGAAACAUUCUAUUUCCUAGUUUGCCAACAGUUCAAGAAGCUAUCAAUAAGACUGAGUUUUGCAACCUAACUGUUAAAAAUAGUGGCGUACGAAUCUUUGGUUUCCUCAAGCCAAAAAUAACAGGUAUGUACAGGUUUGGGAUUGCUUCUAGWGGSAACUCCGAGCUUUGGCUGAGCAACGACACAAAUAUCUUCAAUAGGAGAAGAAUUGCAUUUAUUGGGAGUGAAAACGAGCGUGGUUUGGUAAAAGAAGAUGUUUAUGAUCAAGUCCAUACGCAGASAUCAGAGGARCUUCUCCUUUCUAGRGGAAAUUAUUACUUUAUUGAGAUUCUGUACAAGCAUACCAAAGGAAGAGGUCGUGUGCAAGUAGCAUGGAAAACACCGCUGACGUCAAUGUUUGAAGUGAUCCAGGGAUCAUACCUGAGUACUUCACCCAACGAUAGUCACGUGACUGAAGGAGUGGCUGAACACGAGGACUAUGAUGGAAUCAAUGUCCAAAUGUCUAGUAACGGCUUACAUAAAAUGACAUUUAUGGAUUUUAUCGAUUUUGAAAAUGCUUUUCCGUUUUGCGACUACGAACCAAGUUAUUACAUUAAGAARAAGCUCGUCAGAUUUCAGGGAGCCCGCAACAAAAGUAACACACAUUUUGUCGAGGUUUACCCAUCUGACAACACUAAUAUUACACUACCGCUGGUCGAAGGGGAAGAUAUAUGGUGGACUGAAAAUAACUACGGAAAUGACGUCAUUGAUGAUGCGACUGUGGAACAUGUYUCGAAGAUGUUCACCAAAGCUAUGGAAAAAACUUACAAGGAGGAUUUCAAGGUUGUCAAAAUGCUUUCAUUGGAGCGAGUUGUGGACAAAGUCAAAGGCUCUAGGUACCACGUACAAAUGGAAAUAGAAGACAUUUACAGCGGUAGCCAUCACGAGUUUUCGGAGUUUCUUUAUCAGCCAAAGGGUUUGGGAUCCCUGUGUUUUCCUCGUGAUUUUCGCUGGAAUAAACACGCUGACGUCAACAUCAUUGUUCCUGUCAAGAACAGCGGACGAUGGGCUUUUUACYUAGUGAAGAAUCUUGAGGCAAUUAUCAGUAAAACACUUGACCCACACAUACACCUGAUAAUCAUCGAUUACAGCAGCACUGAUAUUGACAUCGAGGCUGURCUGAAACGAACGUCAAUCAUACGACAUACCGUAGUGCGCAUGCCUGUUGACAAGGAAUUCAACAGGGCGGAGGCRUUGCAGAGAGGAGCUGAUGUCGUUAAGGAUCCAWACAGUAUAUUGUUUAUGUGCGAUCUACAUCUAACUAUGCCUGUCAYACUCAUUGAAACUAUUCGUAAGCACUGUGUCCAGGGAAAGAUGGCGUUUGCUCCAGUAGUGAAGCGUCUCAAAUGCGGCUAUCAUCCUAAGAAACCAAUAGGCUACUGGGAAACAUUAGGUUUUGGUCUUUUUGCUUUAUACAAGUCUGAUUUCGAUCGCGUUGGUGGUAUGAAUGKCAAGCASUUCAAACAAUGGGGCGGGGAAGACUGGGAACUGCUCGAUCGCGUCCUAGAGUCCCGGAUGGAAGUGGAAAGAUUAAAGAUUCCAUCAUUUUUUCAUUAUUUUCAUCCUCCUUACGGUCGUGGAAAUAGUCGUGUCGGUGCCAAAUAAACACUUUCUCAUAAAUGAGUAGAGAUGGGGACGUGUUUAGAGCUGUUUUCUAAGGUAGGAAAAUCAAAAACAUGUUGGAAAUAAAUGGCGAUUUUUUACUUGAUGGCUUGUCACGUGAUCUUGAGGAAGAUUUAUCACAAAACAUGUAGAUUUGUUGUAUUAGUUUAUUUAAGCAACAUAAACACCUGUAUGAUAGUGACAAAUAAAAAAUCAAUUGGUUUUGACAAAAUACAUAUCUACAAACGAA